GAAAGAAGAAGAAGAAGAAGAAGAAGACAGAAGAAGAAGAAGAAGAAGAAGAAGAAGAAGAAGAAGAAGAAGAAGAAGAAGAAGAGAAGAAGAAGAAGAAGAAGAAGAAGAAGAAGAAGAAGAAGAAGAAGAAGAAGAAAAGAAGAAAGAAGAAGAAGAAGAAGAAAGAAGAAGAAGAAGAAGAAGAAGAAGAAGAAGAAGAAGAAGAAGAAGAAGAAGAAGAAGAAGAAGAAGAAGAAGAAGAAGAAGAAGAAGAAGAAGAAGAAGAAGAAGAGAAGAAGAAGAAGAGAAGAAGAAGAAGAAGAAGAAGAAGAAGAAGAAGAAGAAGAAGAAGAAGAAGAAGAAGAAGAAGAAGAAGAAGAGAAGAAGAAGAAGAAGAAGAAGAAGAGAAGAAGAAGAAGAAGAAGAAGAAGAAGAAGAAGAAGAAGAAGAAGAAGAAGAAGAAGAAGAAGAAGAAGAAAGAAGAAGAAGAAGAAGAAGAAGAAGAAGAAGAAGAAGAAGAAGAAGAAGAAGAAGAAGAAGAAGAAGAGAAGAAGAAAGAAGAAGAAGAAGAAAAGAAGAAAGAAGAAGAAGAAGAAGAAGAAGAAGAAGAGAAAGAAGAAGAAGAAGAAGAAGAAGAAGAAGAAGAAGAAGAAGAAGAAGAAGAAGAAGAAGAGAGAAAGAAAGAAGAAGAGAGAAGAAGAAGAAGAGAAGAAGAAGAAGAAGAAGAAGAAGAAGAAGAAGAAGAAGAAGAAGGACGAAGAAGAAGAAGAAGAAGAAGAAGCAAGAAGAAGAAGGAAGAAGAAGAAGAAGAGAAGAAAGAAGAAACGAAGAAGAAGAAGAAGAAAAGAAGAAGAAGAAGAAGAAGAAGAAAGAAGAAGAAGAAGAAGAAGAAGAAGAAGAAGACGAGGAAGAAGAAGAAGAAGAGAGAAGAAGAAGAAGAAGAGGACUAG